CUUAAAUAUCGAGUUCGACACCCUUCAGAGACAUAAGCCUUCGUCGCAAAUGUUCUGAAGAAAAGUCAGGAGCCAGCCAUGUUUUAUUUUAGCGAGGCGUUGGUCGUUUCCUGUCUUCUAUGCUUUUUUACGCCGCUCCUGUGUCACCGUGCUGACGGGGAUCCCUGCGAAAGCCUUUUAAACACACCAUUUGAAAUUUGCAAGGAAGCGGGUUAUGAAACGAUGGUUCCGUAUCCGAUAGAUGUCCCAGAGGAGAGUAAAGAAGAAUUUGCGCUCGACAUGAAAAAAACUAUCGGGAUAAUGAAGAGCAAAAACUGUGCGGCAAGCGGCCUUGUUGAGGCCAUAGAGUGUUCACUUUUUGCUCCAAAGUGCAAUUCUCUGGGAGAUCCAAUCUUCCCUUGCAGACGAGUGUGCGCAGAAUACCUAAAACAGUGCAAGAAAGAGUUGCAUUCUUUUGACUUGCAUGAAUUGAUACCGCAUUGUCUUCUACUUCCAAAUGAAACUUCCAGUUGUACCCAGUGCUUUUUUCCUCCGAACUUCACCACAAGCAGCGACCCCGAACCAGGUGAGUCAACUAGCCAAGAAAAACUAAUGAUGUGUACGAAAAAAGUCCAAAAUAAUAAAAUCACGAAAUCAAUAUCUUUUUGAGACACGCUCCUUCCGCACUUCAAUCUUUCAGGGGCACCCAACGGGAAAUUUUGAGAACAAGACCUAAAAACAACAACAAAGCGUGCCAAAGUUUUCUGAGACUAUUUUAAGCAUUUUGGGAGAUUGCUGGAAAAAAAUUAUCUGUUCCUCACUCCCAGCAAGACUGAUGGAAGAGUUCCCAGCCAGCAACCUUACAACCUGCAACCUGACUCACUGGGAAGUUUCAUAAGGCACAAUUCAGAUCUUGAGUGGUAAGCAACCCAUACAAGUAACCCGUAGCAGCUAUUCUAGACUUCAAAUCCCCUCUGACACCCUGAAUUAUUUUUUUUCCCAGCAACACUUUCCUUCCAAGGACUAUUAUUUCUUCCACAUCUCCCAGCCAGCAAAAAAUUUGCAUGAAGAACAGAUAUUUUGAGGAACAGAUCCAUUGGGUGCCCCUGAUCUUUGCCCGAUAUUUGCUCGUUCUCACCUUAGCCAAAGAGAAGUGUAUGGUUUCUCAGCCUUUAAAACUUUUAAUUCUGAAAAACAAAUUAGCUAUAGAGAGCCCACACGCGUUCAAGAAUUCUUGAGCCUUUAGCUGCUUACAAUUUCGGCAUGUUCAGUUGAUAUUUCUUAGUGUUUAAGUUACAUUUGUUUUGCUAAUAUCCUGUCAUUUGUACGUAUCUCUUCUUGUACCAGUUAUUGCCCUUCUUUUAUUUUAAUUUGUGUCCCUCUCUCUCUGUUUAUUGUAUUGUACUUUGAGAUACAUGUAUAUAGCUUAAAUAAACAAUUUAGAAAAAAUGACGGUUAUGUAAAAUCCUCUUUCAUCAGUACACAUGGCUUUGUGCUGUCGUAGGAUAUUGAUUUACUUUUUAUCGCCAAGAUAUUGUAUACAGUAACGACAAGUGUACGACUUUGUUCAUAUUGAAUCUUUAAAGUCCAUAUCACCAGGUGGGUAAUCAGACUUUCAAUUCGACUUUGGAAAUUGACUGUUAUUUUCCAUUUUACACCUUAAUGGUAUAGUUAGGCUAAAAAGCAUUCUCCAAUGCAAGUAAGGAACGGUUAGCGGAUUGUAUUUAAACAGGUUUUUGUUGCAUGCAAGCACGAGAGAGAUUUGAAGCAAUGUACUGUCAAUAUAAUAAUGUUAUACUGAUCCGUCACCCAUCAAGGAUGAGGACCUUUAAGUUCCUUGAGUGACCAACAUCAACUUUCUCCUAAGAAUCUCAAUACAUAAUCGGAAGACGGGGAAAUGAGAAUUGAUAAGGGGAAAUGCUUUGGUCUUUUCUAAACUAAUAGGGAUAUUGGACCUCAAAGGGUUAACCCACACUGUGACCCAUAUUUUCCAGGUUGUUUUCUUUACAUUUCCUGUGACAUUUCUAGAUGAGAGGAAGACCGUUUUUAAAUAUUGCUUGUUUUUUUACUAGCAUUCUUUAUUCUUGAUUUAGAGGAGCUUCGUACUAUGAGGAAGAAGGCCUCUUUACUUGAUUGUUUUGUCUUCAUAUAUUGUUCAUGAGACGCCAGAAUACGCAGUCACCACCAAAAAUAGAUUGUUUUGAGUACAUAAAACAAUCCCUGCUUAAAUCAAACCAUCAAAAAUAUACUUGCAAAAUUUUUAUACGCAAAAAAAACCCGGAAUCGAAAAUUUCAAAGCCAAAAAAUCCUUCGAUCAUCCCCGUAGCGUCACUUGCUACUCCGGAGCACCUCCAUCUCCUGGGCGCGUGCAUACUGAGGUAUCAGGAAAUGACCAAGGAGCAAUAUAAUUAAAGAAAAGCCGCUGGAGAUCUGAAUGUUGGUCAUUUCCUAAUGCGGACAAGCGGAAUUUCCACAGUCUGAUCGAAUUAUAACUGCUAGAUGUACAGUCGAGAAUUAGUGACACUGAUAAAUUUUAUUUUACUUUGACAAAAAAAAUGAUGCCGAGUCGAUUACGGUAUGGCGGGGGACUAGUAUGUCAUAGCAAUUUAAUAGCCAUUCCGCCACCAUCGGUGAUUAGAAUGUUCUUCGGUCGACCUUUAUCUACUCGGCUAUUCUUGUAAAUAGCUAGCCAGCUGGUUUCGGCCUACCAGUUGGAUUUUUGUUCCUAUUUGCUCUACUCUGUACAGUGGAACCUCGAUUUUACAAACCUGUGCAUAACGAAGUCCUCGACAUAACGGACGAUUUUCUCAUCUCCAUCUAACGAAACCUCGUGAAAGCGAACAAAUUUCGUCCGUCCCUUCGGCCCUUCGUUAAAUCGAGGUUCCACUGUAUAUGGGAAAUUGGUAGGAGCAGCCAAGCCCCAGAGGAGGGACUCCGCAUAUGACAGGGGUGGGGAUGCUCGUCGUCUCGCUUCAGGGUGUAAAUUUCGGAUUUUCGUCUCACUUAGGGUGUUCUGGGCAAAACACCAUCAUAUUUAGCCGUGAAGGUCUCGUUUAGGGUUGCACGUGAAAUAAUAUAAAAAUGUAUAAUUGUCUGUGUUUUAACAUGGUCUCUUUUAGGGGUCAAAAAUAGCUUGGGCCACGCCCAGAUCGGUCUCCUUUAGGGGUUUGAUUCAAAAUUUCCUACGAGCAUCCCCACCCCUUUCAUAUGCGGAGUCCCCCACCGGGAGCCAAGCCCUCUUGCAUUAUCAUGACAAACUCAGUUUUUUUAUUUUCUAUAAACAAUAUGACUAAUGUUAUCUUAUAGGGCCACUCGAUCAGGGUUGCGUGGAGCUUAUAAUCCCAGCGUGUAAGAAUUUAUACAGCCACACCCUAACUUCACUUGAAGUGCAAAAAGAUGAGUACGAGUUCUUUUACGACAAGAACUAUACAAACGACAAUGCUGAAACGAGAUUCCCUGACCUCGUGCUAGAAAUGCUUGAUUUGCACCCUAAAUGUGCAGAAAAUAUCAAGAAGUUGUUCUGUGGACAGCAUUUUCCGCCGUGUUUUCCUCACGAAGGUCUUCGUCUGUACAGCUUAUGCCGGCCUCUCUGUGUUGCAAUUGCCAGAGACUGCCCUGAUUUCUUCAGGUAACUGGCGUUUUUUGUCUACGUAGGCCUUGAAGCGGUGCUGUUGGCCUGUUUCGAUUGUUCUCGUAAAAUGUCGGUUGGAAAAUUUGCUUACUAGAAUGCCAAAAAGUUGCAGCCGAAAUUUCUGAAUGUUUUUGUAUAAACGUCAAUUUAAAGCUUUAUUUUUCGUUCUCCUCAAAAAUGCACUAAUUUCUAACAUUUAAGAAAACAUAACUUUGAAGAAACGCUAACAAAUUUUGGGAGAAAAUUUAAGGAUGCAAUUAAUUAUUCAUACGGUUUGCGAAACAUGGAUGAAUGAGAGGUUGUGUGUUCAAAAGGUUGCUAAACAUUUACUAGAGAGGAAAAUCGUCAUUUGACAUUUAAGACAUUCGCAUAAAUUGAAGUUUUCCAUGAAAUCGUUGGCUUUUUUGUGCUUGAUAUGUGCUCCAAACCUAUAAUUUGCUCAAAAAUUGCUCAGAGGGACAAAAAAUUGCUGGGUUACUAGAACCGCAAAAAAGUUGCUCCAAGAGCCAAAAGUUGCUCAAAAGUUGCCAAGCACAAUCGGGACAGGCUUAUUAGUGGUAGUGCUACCAAGUGUUACGGACGUGUUUACACCAGUCAUUCUCAAUUGGUUUGCAAACAAUAUUAAUAGCUACAGUCUCAGUCAAAAUGGUUGGGACCGGCUUUGGGGUCUCCUUGUCCCCUCAAUGUUGGUGUACAAGAUUUGGUGAUCGAGCCGCGAUAAACAACUUUGAGAGGGACGAGGGGAGCACGAGAAGGGAAAAAACAGCGUUUGGUUAAAGUGUCCCAACUAUUUUUGUUUGAGACUGUGGCUUGCGAGCAACCUCUCCAUUUAGGGGAGUCUCGAGAAAUCACGCGAGAACCGCACGCGUUCUCUUUCGGCUCGCUUCGCUCGCCACUCGAAAUGGGGAGCUUAUUGGCAGGCUACUUUAUAGCGGCCUGGUCGCCCGAAAGGUGACCGAAAAUUGUCUUUGCGCUGAAGUACGUUUAAUUGUUUGACAGAGUUGAUACUGAAAAAUUUGAAUAACCAUGGUUAAAUAUGAUUUUAUCACACCUGGGAUAAUAAAUUUGUUGACUGUGUUUCUCUCUUGUUGUUAAUUAUACAAUGUUGUUAGAGUAGUUCAGAGGCGUUUUAUGUGAAGAAAUGGGAGUAUCCUCAUGGUUUACCCCUUUAACAUAAUUUGACCUCAAAAUUUCUUUCUUUUCUGUCAUUUUCCGGCGGAAUUCGCCGUUUCGCUGGGAGUCGAUGCUGAUGAUUGGAUUUUUUUCUUUUAGAGACAAUUUACCUGGAGCUGAGUACUGCGGUACAAUGGCAAAAGGAAAGUCCCACCACGGCUUCUGUCCCAGUACACACCUACCAGAACAAUUCAGCUGGCUCCCAUAUGCAGGUCAACUAAGAUAUUUAAUCACUCACUCCUGAUCACUCUGGCUUACUGACUGGCUGACUCACUUACUCAUUCAUUCACAAACUCACACUCACUCUAACUAUCAUAUCACCCGCGGCGCGACUAGAUACCUUACUAGGGCAGGGGCCUACUCAUGGGCUCCGAACUAGGGGCAUUGCUUCGGUUCCCUGACACCGCAUAUAAGAGUAGAGAAGUGGGUGAUAUUAUGCGCUUGUUUUGUGGAAUCAGCCUUCCAUUACUCUAAAUUACUUAUCAAUUGGCCCUUUGCAUGAUGGCGUCAUUUGACUACUAUGACCAGAAUCCUUCAGGGUUAUUCUUUCUUGUGAAAUUAGGGCUUUUGUUAUUUAAGCCUCACUGGGGCUCCAAAUUUAAAUAUGAAAAGAAAAACGAAAAGAAUUCUGGUCUUAGUAGUAAAAUGACGCCAUCGUGCAAAUGGCCUAUUCUCAGCUGUUACCCCUGGCUAAAGGAAUGGCCUUCAUGCAUAAUUACGUCGGCGGUCAGCCAAGCAAAUUUCACUUUGAAGCCUCGUCUGUAAGCAAAAUUCUUUGUAUUUGCACUCUUUUGUUGUAUGGAUAAUAGUUCUCCUGUCUUGGGAAUUCAGUACGCAAAACUUUGUUACUUAACAAUUUCAAAAUGAGUUUUGGUAGGGAAAUUGGCUCGCCUGACGUAAACAUGCAUUAGGGCCAUUGGCAUGGAGUAAUAGAUAUGAAGUACAUAAGGCGGGAACGCAUGGUGUGGGAGAUGGCUGUGUGAAGUAUCCCAGCGCGGGCCGAAGGGUAAUGAUGAUAUUUCUUUUGUUUGUUUAGGGUUACAAGGAGACUAGUAUAGCAAUCUCUUUUUUCACGCUAGUGGGCUCGUUACGUGCGCGGAGCGCCAGGCAAACUUCUGUUUGCUUCGUUUGCUCACAGGCAACAUGCUCGCCAGCGUGAGAAUCCUGCUACGGAACUGCUAGCAUCUCCAUCAGGGUUCUUCAGUUCCGUCAUCACUACCCGGAAAUAUUCACUCAAUCCCGUAAUCCCGUGUACCCGAUGGCUAUUCUCGAGUUCCCGCAUCCAGUGCAUGCUUUCAAUGUCUCUCCGUGUCUCCUUUAACUUGUGUUUACUGUGUCGAACUGUGUUUUGACAGGAUAUUUUAAUGUUUCACUUCAUUUUGUGGCAUUUCCCACGGUUUAUUGAAUUUUGAUACAUGCAAUACCAAAUUAUGCAUUGAAGCACACGUACCAACUCCGCGAUAUGGCCAGUAUCUUAGCUUACCCAUGCGAACAACCAUAUUACCCCGGCAGAGCUCCUUUAAACAUUACAUGAAUUUCUUGUAGAACUGACAGAAGGUCCACGAGGGUCAUCAGAAGCGACAAAAGUAACAAUCACGGCGACUGCAGGUGAAUCACAAUCAUCAGACUCGGCAAAAGCGUGGGCCAUCACUGUAACAGUCUUGCUGGCCAUAGUGAUUGUGGGCAUCGUCGUUUGGGUGGUAUUAUGUUGGAAAAUGAGACGACUGCCAAGAACGUCAGCUUAUCUAAAGGCCCCGUAUACAAGACAGACCAAUGAUGAUAACAUGCAUACUCUUGCUACUCGACAAGAUUCACUUUAAUAAAGAAAUGCUUUUAACCGCAUAU